AUGUCUAUUAUUGAUAAUCUUAAGGGCCUUACAAUAUCUGAGUUAGCCCAGAUAUUGUUGCUGCGAAUUAAUAGAGGACAGUCAAAGAUCGAAGAAAAUGAGUACAUUAAGCUAGUCAUAAGAACACACUGCUGUCUGAUAUUUGACGAAAUAGGUAUAGCCGUACUUAAGCUAAAGUCUGACACAGUAGUCACAAUUGAUGACGUUAUAAUGAUUCUCAAUCUUGAUGACAUGCAUGGAAAUUGUGAUACAAAUACGGAAGUGUAUGAAGUAGUACCUUUCAGUUGUAGCGAAAAUCUUGAAAGAAUGUUACAGGAAAUCAAAAAUGACAGCUAA